AGCACGGGAGAACGUAGCCAAUCAGAUGUGGCCACAGUGUGUUUGGAAACAGUCGUCCUCCUCGCUAAAGUCCUGAAUGUCAAGCAGCUGGAAGGCACAUCUAGAAACGUCAAAGUUCUACAAGUUGUUGUUUGCACAAGACGGUUUGCGUCUCUUUUUUCCGAGGCCCAUCGAGAAACAUUAGCUUUACGAUUUCUUUUGAAUUUCGUGAAGGGUCGCAUAGUGUCAUUCGAAGAACAAGACUAAAAGUAAGAAAGACCGAUGGAUGUGGGUGAUACCAUUACUCUCCUCAUAAAAACGCCUAACCAGGCGCAAGAGGACCAAACCGUCGAAGGUGUUCAUCCGAGUUGGACUGUAAUGGAUCUAAAAACGCGUUUGUCAGCUGUCUACCCCACCAAACCGACUGUAAGCGAGCAGAGACUAAUCUAUGGAGGCAAACUCCUGCCUGACCACCUGCACAUUAGCGAUAUCUUCAGACAGACUGACUCCCUUCCCACACUCCACCUGGUGUGCCCAUCUCGAAAUCCAUUUUGUAGCUCAGCUGGAGCUGAAAAUAAGACCAAAGAGACAGAACAGUCUCACCCAUCCACGGCAGACGUUGUCCAGACUCCCAGCACACCUGAGCUUAGGCAAAGAAGGCAGUCUUCCUCUUCGUCUACUCCUGCAGCUCCUGCGCAGAUCCUAGCACCUCCACCAGGGACUCCUGUUUGGCCUGCUGGUGUAGUGCCAGGAGCACCACAGGUGACUCAGCCAGCCUUUCCCAGGUUCUCCCUGUACAGCCCUCAACAGCUACUGUGGCUACAGCAUGUCUACGCCAGACAGUACUACAUGCAAUACCAUGCAGCUUUGGCAGCAGCAGGCACCAUCCUCUCUGCAUCAACUUCAACCAGUGGCCAGUAUCAUCCUGUUCCUGCACAUCAAAUGCCUGUUCCAGGCCCGUUAGCCAAUCAGAACCCCAUUGACAACCUGCCUGUGAAUCAGAACCCAGCACAGGAUGGUGUUUUCAUGAACCCAGGGGAAGCCAAUCAGAACAUGAGGAUGAACGCUCAGGGUGGGCCCAUUAUGGCGGAUGAGGAGGACGUGGAACGCGACUGGCUCGACUGGCUGUACUCUACUGCUAGAUUUGGUGUUCUGCUCAUGAUUGUGUAUCAUUACUCCAACCUGAGUCGCUUUCUGCUGGUGAUGAGCACCCUUCUCAUCAUGUACCUACAUAGUGCCGGGUGGUUUCCUUUCAGAAGGCAAAUGCAGGUUCAGGGACCUAAUCAUCUGCUGCCCCCCCAGGACCAACAUGACCAGCAAAAUGCAGACAGGAACCCGAAUCCAGCAGAUACUGAUGGUCAAGAGGAUGAACCUGCUGUUGCAGCAAAUGGAUCUGAUGUUCCGGGACCAAUGACAGCAGUUUUGGUUCCUCCUCACAGAGUUUCCAUCAUGUUUACAGCCUGGGUUUUUUUAAAAAGCUUUCUCUCCUCCCUCAUACCGGAGCUUCCUCAGGGCAUGGCCAAUUGACCAUUUACAAAACAUGGCUGUCAUGGCACUCAAAAAGUACCAACAAAAUGAACUAGAAUCCAACAGUAUCAGCUUCCUGUUUUAUGUUAUGCCACACCAAAGACAGAUAUUGUUUUUUUUUGUCACAAGCCAAUGCAUUUUUUUCAAAAUCUUUACAUAUCAAAUACAGGAUUUGAUAUGAAAACAUACCAUUACAAACAGCAAUGCAUGAAUACUUAUACAUAUAUCAUUUCAUACUGAUGCGUAGGAAUACAUUUUUAAUGGAUAAAUUAAGGGACAUGUUUAGAAUUUAGCAUCAAGCCUAGAAAGGAUAAUCAGUCAUAUCUGUUUUUCAUCUGUCUAGUUAUCUUGUGUUAUAUGAUCCACAUAAAGGAUGAUUAGUUAAGAUCUGCAUCUCUAAAGUUCUUGCAUUUUAAAUUGUCUUUCAUUCGAUAAAUGUAGAGAAUUAGGUUUUUGGAAUUGAAAAGAACUGAAAAUUCACACACAUUUGUAGAUAAAUGUACACAAAGCACUUUAUAUGUAUGUUAUGCGAGCUUUAUAUAGCUAUAUAUAUAUAUAUAAAAAAUGUAAAUUUGAGGCCUAGAGUUGGGGCUUUCUUUUUCUUAAAAAUUUAAAGUUGAGUUCAAGUUUCUAAAACUAAAUAGGUUUUUUUUUUUUUUUUUUUGCGCUUUUAUUUUCUUGUCACAGGUUGUGUUAUAUUUAAUACUAAAUCGUUGCAUGCUCCAUUGUUUUGAUGGGUCCAUUGAGUAAAUGUAUGUGCGGGUCACUUUGCUCAAGUGCUCCUAAUUCUAUUACAUUAUUUGAGUCUUCAUUUUGGCAUUUUCAUGUCAUUCCAAUUGAUGUUUUACAGAUCCAGUAUAAGAACUUACUGGGUUUUUGUCAUAUCUAACCACAGUGAUUCCUCUUGACUUAUAUCCAGACCAGGAUUUUGUAAAAAUGUCUUUUGUGUGAUUGUUUAUGUAGUUUAGAGCGAAUGGAUGCUGUGGAAGGAAGUGAAUUUGAAGGACAAGCUUAAAUGAUGGACGCAAUAAAUCACUCUUGACUGUU